AUGUCUGCCGGAUCUAUAGAGAUCCCUCUCCGGGAUACGGACGAGGUGAUUGAGUUGGAUCUUGAUCAGCUACCUGAUGGUGAAGAAGUUCUGAAUAUUCUGAGACAAGAAAUUGCCCCAUUAAAUAUUUGGGUCAAUUUAGCGCUGGAAUAUUACAAACAAGGAUGUAUUGAUGAUUUUGUGAAAAUUCUUGAAGCUUCUCGAGCUGAUGCCAGUUAUGACUACCCAAAUUAUGAAAAGGACCAAAUGCGGGCACUGGACACUUUGGCUGCUUACUAUGUCCAACAAGCCCACAAAGAAAAGAACAAAGAGAAAAAGAGGGAAUUGUUUACUCAAGCCACUCUACUCUACACAACCGCUGACAAAGUUAUCAUGUAUGACCAGAACCAUCUCUUGGGACGUGCUUACUUUUGUUUGCUGGAAGGUGACAAGAUGGAGCAGGCUGAUGCCCAAUUUAACUUUGUACUUAACCAGUCAAGUAAUAACAUUCCCUCACUUCUUGGAAAAGGCUGCAUUGCAUUUAACAAGAAAGACUAUCGAGGUGCUCUGGCCUACUACAAGAAAGCCUUGAGAACCAAUCCUAACUGCCCAGCUUCUGUACGUCUUGGUAUGGGCCAUUGUUUUGUCAAGUUGAAUAAAUUAGAAAAAGCCAAGAUGGCUUUUGAACGUGCUCUUACUCUUGACCCUCAAUGUGUUGGUGCCUUAGUUGGUUUAGCUAUUUUAAAAUUAAAUGCCAAGACUCAAGAAUCAAUCAAGACUGGUGUCCAGUUAUUGUCCAAAGCUUACACCAUUGACUCAACCAAUCCAAUGGUCUUAAAUCACUUAGCUAACCAUUUCUUUUAUAAAAAGGAUUAUCAGAAAGUUCAGCACUUAGCUUUGCAUGCAUUCCAUAACACAGAGAAUGAAGCAAUGAGAGCAGAGAGUUGUUAUCAGUUAGCCAGAGCUUUCCACGUUCAAGGUGAUUAUGAUCAGGCUUUCCAGUAUUAUUAUCAAUCAACUCAAUUUGCUCCCAGCAGUUUUGUGUUGCCAUUUUUUGGUUUGGGUCAAAUGUACAUUUAUCGUGGAGACAAUGAAAAUGCAGCCCAAUGCUUUGAAAAAGUUCUCAAGGCUCAACCCGGCAAUUAUGAAACUAUGAAAAUCCUUGGCUCUCUCUAUGCCAAUUCUGAUGAUGUAUCUAAAAGGGACACAGCUAAGCAACAUUUACGCAAAGUCACGGAGCAAUUUCCAGAUGAUGUGGAGGCUUGGAUUGAAUUAGCACAAAUUCUAGAACAAACCGAUGUCCUCAGUGCUCUCUCUGCAUAUGGAACAGCCACAAGAAUUCUUAAAGAUAAAGUGCAGGCUGAUGUUCCUCCAGAAAUUCUCAAUAAUGUUGCAGCUUUACAUUUCCGGAUCGGUAAUUUCAUGGAAUCAAAAAAAUAUUAUGAGGCCUCGUUGGAACGUUCUCGUCAUGAAGCUCAGCACGAUGAGACUUACUACAGUGCCAUUUCUGUUACAACUACAUACAACUUGGCUCGUUUGUAUGAAGCCACCCAUGAAUAUGACAAAGCUGAAAAGCUUUAUAAAAACAUUCUACGUGAACAUCCUAACUAUGUUGACUGUUACCUAAGAUUAGGUUGUAUGGCUCGUGAUAGAGGACAGAUUUAUGAAGCCUCUGAUUGGUUCAAAGAAGCUCUACAGAUUAAUCAGGUUCACCCUGAUGCUUGGUCUUUGAUUGGAAAUCUUCAUUUGGCCAAACAGGAAUGGGGUCCAGGGCAGAAGAAAUUUGAACGAAUUAUCCUGAGACCCAACACUAAAGAUGAUUCUUAUUCCCUCAUUGCUCUUGGCAAUGUUUGGUUACAAACUUUGCAUCAGCCAAUCAGAGAUAAAGACAAAGAAAAGCGUCACCAAGAUCGCGCUUUGGCAAUGUACAAACAAGUGCUACGUAAUGAUGCUCGAAAUAUCUGGGCUUCCAAUGGAAUUGGUUGUGUCCUUGCCCACAAAGGCUGUAUCAAUGAAGCUCGUGACAUUUUUGCCCAGGUGCGUGAAGCGACAGCUGAUUACUGUGAUGUGUGGCUCAACAUAGCUCACAUUUAUGUUGAACAAAAACAAUAUGUAGCUGCUGUUCAGAUGUAUGAAAAUUGUUUACGCAAAUUCUUCAAGCAUCACAACACAGAAGUACUCCUUUAUUUGGCCAGAGCUUAUUUCAAAUGCAAUAAACUCAAAGAAUGUAAACAGUUAUUGUUAAAGGCUCGCCACGUGUCUCCAAAUGACACCGUCCUACUGUACAACAUUGCGUUGGUGCAACAAAAAUUGGCCAUGUCCAUCUUAAAAGAUGAGAAGAGCAAUCUGAAGGCUGUGUUGAGUGCAGUGGAAGAUUUAAAACUUGCACACCGAUAUUUUACAUAUUUAAGUCAACAUGGUGAUCGCAUGAAAUUUGAUUUAGCCCAAGCAGCUGUUGAGGCUGGACAAUGUCAUGAUUUACUGAGCCAGGCUCAGUAUCAUGUGGCCAGGGCAAGACAGA